GAAGCACCGCCCACCCGCGCAGGCGCGGAGCCCCCGAGCCCGCCCCGCCGGUCGCGGACACCCGCAGUCGCAACCAUGGCGGACCCUGACCUGCAGCUGGUGGCGCGGCGCAUCCGCAGCUUCCCUGACUUCCCCGUCCCGGGCGUGCUAUUCAGGGACAUCUCGCCCCUCCUGAAGGACCCUGAUUCCUUCCGCGCCUCCAUCAGCCUCCUGGCGAAUCACCUGAAAAAGACCCACGGCGGCAAGAUCGACUACAUCGCGGGCCUAGACUCGAGAGGCUUCUUGUUCGGCCCCUCCCUGGCCCAGGAGCUCGGCUUGGGCUGUGUGCUCAUUCGAAAGCGAGGGAAGCUGCCUGGCCCCACCGUGUGUGCUUCAUACUCCCUGGAAUAUGGGAAGGCCGAGCUGGAAAUCCAGAGAGAUGCCCUGGAGCCAGGGCAGAAAGUUGUUGUCGUGGACGAUCUGCUGGCUACUGGCGGAACCAUGCGGGCAGCCUGUGAGCUGCUGGGCCAGCUGCAGGCUGAGGUGCUGGAGUGUGUGAGCCUGGUGGAGCUGACCUCCCUGAAGGGCAGGGAGCGGCUGGGGGCAGUGCCCUUCUUCUCCCUCCUGCAGUACGAGUGACCAGCCCCAUGCCCACUGUGAGUUCCAGCCUCUGCAGCUGCAGAGACCUCCCCUGGCCACCAGAGGCACUGACUGCCCACCUGGGCUGUGUCAUUUCUGUGGUUGAGUGACUGCAGCGCCCUGCCAGCUGCCUGGAGCCCUUCCUGUGGGCUCAGGGAACGCCAAAGCUUAGAGCUGAUGGUCUGGGACAGAGCCGAGCUCAAGCACCACAGGUCCGUUUACAGUGAAUAAAACCUCUUUGCUAGA